UUUUCCAGCAUUGAAACCCCCGGCUAUGUGGGCUUUGCCAAUCUACCCAAUCAGGUGCAUCGUAAAUCAGUGAAAAAAGGUUUCGAAUUCACCUUAAUGGUAGUGGGUGAAUCGGGUUUGGGUAAAUCAACUUUAGUGAAUAGUUUAUUCCUAACAGAUCUGUAUCCGGAACGUAUUAUACCCGAUGCCAUAGAAAAACAAAAACAAACUGUCAAAUUGGAAGCUUCCACAGUAGAAAUCGAAGAGAGAGGCGUAAAACUGCGUUUGACGGUGGUGGAUACACCCGGUUUUGGUGAUGCCAUCGAUAAUGGUGAUAGUUUUAGUGCCAUAUUGGAGUAUAUAGAUGAACAGUAUGAACGUUUUUUGCGCGAUGAAAGCGGUCUGAAUCGACGCAAUAUUGUGGACAAUCGUAUACACUGUUGUUUUUAUUUUAUAUCACCUUUUGGUCAUGGUUUAAAACCCUUGGAUGUGGAAUUUAUGAAAAAAUUACACUCUAAAGUCAAUAUAGUGCCCGUCAUUGCUAAGGCCGAUUGUUUGACUAAAAAGGAAAUUUUACGUUUAAAAUGCCGCAUUAUGCAGGAAAUAGAAGAUCAUGGCAUUAAAAUCUAUCCACUGCCUGAUUGUGAUUCCGAUGAAGAUGAAGACUAUAAAGAGCAGGUUAAACAGCUCAAAGCCGCUGUGCCUUUUGCGGUAUGUGGUGCCAAUACUUUACUCGAGGUUAAGGGCAAAAAAGUGCGAGGACGUUUAUAUCCUUGGGGUGUGGUGGAAGUGGAAAAUCCAGAACAUUGUGAUUUUAUCAAAUUGAGAACCAUGUUAAUAACCCAUAUGCAAGACCUGCAGGAGGUUACCCAGGAAGUGCACUAUGAAAACUAUCGUUCGGAUCGUUUGGCCAAGGGCAUUAAGAGCAAGGAGAAUGGCAUUAAACCCGAACGUGAUUCCCUAGUACCCACCCAAAUAGUGGUGAACAAUGUUUUGAAUGAAAAGGAUCGAAUAUUACAGGAAAAAGAGGCCGAGCUAAGGCGCAUGCAAGAAAUGUUGGCCCAUAUGCAGGCCAAAAUGCAAGCGCAGCAAUAGAGUUUAUAGUUUGACGACACACUUUAUAUAUAGACAAGCACCUUUUUUUGUAUUAGUUUUAAGUCACGAAGAAAAAUGGUGCCGAUUUUUUAUAAUUUUAAAAAAAGUUUUGAUGUUUUUUUCAACAUCAAUAAGUUUUUUUUUU